CUCUAUGAUCGUUGUUGUUGUUUACGUUUUCAGUAGUUUGUUUUUGUUGUUGUUAAAAUUCAUUGCAAAAUUAAAUUUUGCUUUCGCAUUGUAUGUUAAGUGUAAAUUACAUACUAAAAUAUACGUAUUAUGUCGCAAAGACGACAUAUUAGAACAAGUGCCGUUGAAGAUACCACUACGUUGGAUCGUGCUGUGACGGAAUGCGUUCGAUACAUUUUUUCUCGUGAAGGAAGCAAAAUUCCAAUAAAAAGGGCGGAAAUUUUAAAAUAUUUACAAAAUGCCUGCGAGACUACUUCCAACCAAAUUAGUAGUGUAAUGGUUGAAGCGAACAAAGUUUUAAAAACGGUAUAUGGUUACAAGUUGGUACAGGUUGAAGCAAAGAAUGGUGUACAGUACAUUGUAGUACUUGAUGAAGAGUGUCAAUCAUUGUCAUCAAGUGUCAUAGAUCCGCAGCAAAGAAGGAUAUUGAUUGCGUGUUUAAUCCACAUAUUUAUGUCAGGAGGUCCCGUUAAAGAAGAUGAUAUGUGGAAAUUUCUCUCGGAAUCUGGUCUGAUAGAAGAAAAUGAUUAUGCUGGCCGAAAAUCCUUUAUCAGCACUACAACUAAACAAAUGUAUUUACUUUACACUAAGGUAGGUGAUGGUGAGUUAGCUAGAAAUAUAUUUGAAUGGGGCAAAAGAGCUACUGAGGAAUUACCAAAAAUAUUUCUACUUAACAAAUUGGCAGAGGCUUUAGGCAAAACACCUGAUCACUGGUAUGAACAAUAUAAAGAAGCUACCGAAGGGACCUAAAUUUAGAUAUCCAUAUCUUUGUAAACAAAUAAAACUAUAUUAUA